AAUAUUUCCUUCUGAAGUUUGGUGGAGUAGAAAUAGAACGUGGCAUGAGAUUAAAAUAAUCCAGUCAAGUUAAACCAGCACUAAGUAACUUUUCAACCUUCAUAAAAUAUUUUCAUAACUUUUGUGAUGAUACAUCGACUUACAACUAGUUGAAUGACACCUCUGUCAUGGCCUGAGGGGGUCUGUAUCGCUUUCACUGGCACUAAGCAACUUCGAGGAGGGUGGCUGUAACCCUGCCACACAAAAAACUACAAAUGUGCUGACUGCUUUACGGCAUACGUCACUUCCCCCUUUCCCCAUUCGUUACAAAGACGGAAGUCGAUGCGAACGCCUACGCGCAAUUACUGCUAUCAUGGCAGAAGCUGCAAAACAACCAAAGAAACGCAAAGUUUUGUCUGAGGAGACAAAAAAAAGAAAAAGGGAGGCUACCCGGAUAAAAGGACAGUCAAGGAUCAACAUUGGCCCGGCUUUCACUCGCUGGCGUGAGCUCAAAGACGAGGAGGGAUUUCCGACCGAUGCUGCCUUGGCUCUGUUCCUGCUGGACUGCUAUCAAAAGAAGCAAGUAACUUCUACUCCCCACAAGCAACACCUCCAACCGCUACAGCCUAUAGUUUCCAGCUUUACAGAAGAGUCGGACCAUGUUAGGGGAGAACCGAUAGAGGGUGUCCAAGUGCUGGAAGAAGGCGCUGGGGCAGAAGAAGUUGGUGUAUUAGAGGCCAGAUGAAGUGGCAUGCUGUAAUACAUCAUGUUCGGAACCAGCACACAUGGGCCACUGGAUCUUGUGAGCAUGAGCCACUGGGUGAUGAUACCCAGGAAAAACCAUGGAUAAAACAAGGUUCAGCAGCUCACCAGGCUCUUGUAGCCAUCGUCCUCAACAAGCGAUGGUUGAAGAAUGUAAGGAAGUUCAUCAACUUCAGGACGACAUCGGAUCUGGAAAACUUCCAGAAUCACAUACUCGUGUAUGCAGGGAAGCGGUUCUCCUACACUCCAGCAGUGUAUCGCACGCGGACUCUGCUUGCUGCGAUAGACUACAGCUGUCACAAUGGCCGCGCCCCAGCACGAAACCAAGAUGGACACAAGAUUUACAGGCGAUACUACAAUAAGAAGUCCAAAUCCUGGAGUGUCUACACAGUGAAGGAAAAGAAGGAUUACUCCUACAUUCCAGACCUGCAGAGAGGCAUUCUUAGGAAGAGGCUGCAAAGUGGAGGUGGCCUUCCCAAGAAACAGACCCUUAGGCCAGAUGACCCCCGGAAUUUAGGGGUUCUGGCUUCAGUACAGCCGCCCCCAACAGCUGAGCUAGUUAGGACGCAUGUGAAACGUGGUGAAGGUGUUCCCCAAAGUGAACGCUGAGGAUCCUGCCUUGUCUGUUUACAUAAAUGCACAUGCAUACAUCAUAUCACUCUGACUGGCUAACUACAGACACAUAAUCACAGCUUUACCUGGACCCCCACCCACACUGUCUGCUGCUACUGCACUCAUUGUAAUUAUUCUCAGUAACUUCUAACAUUGUCACACAGAUUAUUCAGUGUUUCUUAUUUUAACUGUCAUAGUUUAUUUUUAUCCUGCUCUAUUUAUCCAUGUACAUGCAUCACACUCCCCUUUUGUUUUGUUUUUUAUUCACAGUGAUUUUUUUCAACUGUCAUUGUUGUUCAUUUACUACUACUGUAAUACAGUGUUGUUGUGCUAUUUAUUUAUUCAAAUCAUACACAUAUCCCGUCAUUGCAAACAUGCACAUUGCAUUUAUGCCACUCUUUUUUUUUCAUGAUAUUUCUUGCGUAACACUGCAUGUGCCUGGAAAUGUUUUUCUUUUUUCUCUAGGUCCUAUGUUUUAUUCUUUAUUACUUGCUUUACUGUGAAGGGACAAGUGGCAAAAUAACAAUUUGAAUGUGUUGAAUGUGACAAAGUACUUGAAUUUUGAAAACUGUGAAAGAGGGUGUAUAAAUAAAAGUUGGUCUUGUUUUGCACAAAUGUAUUUAUUUUCAAACACACACAAACAAGUGAACAAGUGAAAGGUAAAUUCUGAACAAAAUAACAAACUGUCAAAUCUAUUUACAGUACACUCAAACAACGACAUGCUACAUUAGUCUGCGGACCUGGAAAUCGGUGGACUGUCCCCUUGGGUCUGGAAAAGUGUCCCUUAUUUUCCAGACACAACAACUAGGGUAUUACUACCCUAUUUCCUACACCCAGGCGGCAAACUGGCGAUAGGCUGUAUGCCUGUUUUGUCUUUGCUCCACUCCAGGCUCUUGUUCAUCUUCUAUUGCAAAGAUGUCAUUCCAGGCAGCCCUUGCCAUUCGCAACACCCCUUCAUCCAGUAUGUAUAGCUCCAUGUGGGCCAUGUUGCUGACACAGUUCUCAGGGGUUUGCCCACAGCAGAGUCUCUCCAGGUCAGUGUUCAUUUCCUUACAGUUUGUGCAGGAGCACCAAUGUAGGUCCCCUCCACCUGGGACUCUCUGACAAUCAGGGUCCUCCAGCAGGUCCAAAAUAUCAAACAUCAGGCCAGGUAGUCUUGUAAAGACCAUUUGUAGGAGCUCAUCCCUUUGAUUAUGGUUCAAUGCUUGUAUUCUGGCCUGCAUCUCUGCGUUUCUGCGUUCAUGCAGAUCCUGAACCCU